AUGGAUUUCCAUUUCUUGUCUCGCAAACUUCUCGUGCAUUCACGGACCAAGGGAAUCCCACUACUCAUCUCGACACCCUCAUUCCUCACACACAAUCUGUUUCGACAACACCACAACACCCUCUUAAACUCUAUUAUUUUUGUAUCACUCACACACUCGUUGGAGGCCGGAGUCCUCACCGGAGAAGAACCUGUAACACCGGAACUCGCCGGAAGAUCGCCGGAGAAGACAGUCAACCGCCGAGAGCUCCCGACACGACCUCGAAGCCACUGUUCGGAUAACCAUCCUGUUAUCUUGGAUUAUUCUCCAAUCUUUACUCGUGCAUUAUUACAAGAAAUCGCAACGCCACCAAUGUUGAUAGUCAAGAUGAUGAAGGAAUCAAGUUAGGAUGGACUAGAUACCCAUUUUAGCAAUAAACUAUUUGUUUGAAUUUAUGUUUGAAUAUUCGAAACUUUGUAUUGCCCUUUAGAAUUUAAUAAAAUGAUUUAAUUCAUAUUGUCA